AUAACUCUUUGGACUAGAGCACCACCGGCGAAUAAAUGAAUACCUAAAAAAUCUUGUCUUUUUAUGACAUUAAUCACAAGCCGGAAAACAACAUAACAACUCGGCCCCCACUGAACACCUACCUAUUUCUCUUUCUCGUUCCUUCUUCCUUCGUCUUUUCCGGCGACCCAAAAUCCCAGAUUUCCGAAAUCAAUAUUUUCUGCAAGAAUCGGAAAGUGGUAAUAUCUAAUUAAAAACCCAAACAAAUUCAAAAGAUAAUGGCGAGAUGCUUCAGCUUCACAGCCUCCAGGGACUCCUGCUACCGUCGCUCCUUCUCCACCGCCGGCCUCAGGCCCACCACCACCAACCUCGGCGACGGCACCGUCGUCCACUGCUGGGCCCCCAAAACCCACCGCCCCAACAGGCCCACCGCCCUCCUCAUCCACGGCGUCGGCGCCAACGCCAUGUGGCAGUGGAACGACGUCGUCGCGCCCCUCGCCGCCCGAUUCAACGUCUACGUCCCGGACCUCCUCUUCUUCGGCGACUCCCGGACGGCCCGGCCCGAGCGGACCGAGUCCUUUCAGGCCCGGUGCGUGAUGUCCGCUAUGGAAGCCCUUGGGGUCCGCGCCGGGAUCCGGAUCGUCGGGCUGAGCUACGGCGGGUUCGUGGCCUACAGCCUGGCGGCGCAGUUUCCCGGCGCGGUGGAGAGGGUGGUGGUCGGCUGCGCCGGAGUGUGUAUGGAGGAGAAGGACGUGGAGGAGGGUUUGUUUCCGGUGGGGAGCGUGGAAGAGGCAAUCGAGAUUCUGCUCGCUCGGACGCCGGAGAAAUUGAGGGAGCUGAUGAGGCUGUCGUUCUAUAAGCCGGCCAAGGGAGUGCCGUCUUGCUUUCUGUCGGAUUUUAUCGAUGUAAUGUGCACUGAGAAUUUCCAAGAAAGAAAAGAGUUGAUCUACGCGUUAUACAAGAACAGGAAGCUUUCUUAUCUGCCUAAGAUUAAUCAGCCUACCUUGAUAAUUUGGGGAGAACACGACCAGAUUUUCCCACUAGAAUUGGCUCAUAGAUUAGUGAGGCAUUUGGGGAACAAUGCAGAGCUUGUAGUAUUGAAAAACGCCGGGCAUGCGAUUAAUAUGGAGAAAACAAAGGAAUUCUAUAGACAUUUGAAGUCAUUUCUUGCUUUGCCAGCAGGUCUUAAGCUCGAGGGCAGUACCAAUGGCUGCAAGGUCGACUAAAAUAUUUUUCGAGCUGUUUAUAUGAGUCAGCUUGCAAUUGUUGAAGUUCAUAUGAGUCAGUUUCUCAAAGAAGUCCAGCAGGAUGGAUUGGGAAUAUAUUGGAAGUGUAGAAGCAAAUGGGCGAUGAAGUAUAAAGAGUCACUAUUAUUAUUAUUAUUUACAUUUUUUUUUUUCACUCUUUUGAUGUGUAAAGAUGAAUCAAGUUUAUGUGUAAAGAUGAAUCCAUAUCACCAUCUUGGUUAUUAGUUAUUACUUAUUCCGGCUAUCUUUGAUAAACCUAGCUGAUAAGUUAGUUGACAGAUGAUAAGUGAAUUUUAG